AUGGCAUCUCUCUUGCUCGGAGCUCCUCCCAUGGCGGCAGCAGCAGCAGCUUCCCAAUCCCAAUCCCAAUCCCAAUCCCAAGCCGUCACCAUUGCCCCUUCUCUCUCCUUCUCCAAUUCACUAACCCUAAUUCUGUCCCCUCUUCGACUUUCAUAUUCAAUCUCCUCCGCCCCACCUCUCCCCCUCGUUUACUGCGGCAGGGGUGACAAAAAAACUGAGAAAGGAAAGCGUUUCAGACACUCCUUCGGCAAUUCGAGGCCCAAGAACAAAAAGAAGGGAAGAGGGCCGCCUAGGGUUUAUGCGCCGCCGCUGCCGCCGAGAAAAGAUAAGUUCGAGGAUGAUGAUGGUGAGGAUGUCACAUUUACUGAGGAAGAGCUUCCCUUCGAAUAA